CUACCUUUCUUUUCGCCAUGAAAAGACACCAUGCUGCCGAGGAGAGACGAGUGGAAAAGGCGCACAGACGUCUGGACAAGUGCAGGAAUAUUUGCAGGUAUGAAAUGUUUCUUUAAUUUAACAAAUACGUUGUGGUUUUUCAUUAUUGAUGAUGUGAUCGGAAAAAGGCUCCUAUUAUAGUGGCAGCAUUUGGUUUAAACCUGUUUACACCACUCCAGUCGAACACAUUUUUACUUUUUGCGCCCCCCCCCCUCCAUCCCCCUCUCCCUCCAUCACCACACUUCGGUAGUUUUCGAUCAACUCCAGCUGAUUUUGGAAUACGCACGCACUGUUUGCUUUACCUCAGCAACAAUGACGUGCAGCCACUCCACAUCAAAUCCUCUGCGGAAUCCAGCCAUCCUGUCUGCUAUCAAAAAAACAUUCGGUACAGAAUAUUUAUUACAACCGGGCUGUCGAGUUAGCUGGAGAUUGGUGUUCUUGAUACGUCCCUUUAAUUGAUGGCUGACCAAGUCACGUCUUCAACUGAUCAAUUACGGUCGGCAGCUACUUGCCGCGUGCCACGCUAAAUUACAUUAGUGGGCUUCAUGGAGACGAGUGCUUCCAUCCUCUAAUAAAGGAAGAUGGGAACACGUUUCACGUGUAGAAAAUAAGCCCAAGACAGAACACCUGCUCCUGCUGCUGCCUACUGUUGAUGGAGAUGGAAAAAAAAGAAGAAAAAAAAAACAUCAUCAGUAUUAUGAUUUUAGCCCUUUAUGAGCGUGAUGUUCUACCCCUCUCAAUUAUUGAACGGUUAUGAGCUAUGCGUUCUAGAUCCAUAAAGGACACAUGUUAGGCUUUAAUGGGGAGCUACAUUAAGUGCUGUUCAUUAUUGCCGUUUGCAGUAGCUCUUUUCUCUUCUGACCCCCCCGUUGUGUGUCUCUUCCUCUGAUUCUUCCCCUGGCGCCAGUCAGUUUGCUCAGAGAUUACAAUGUCGGGUCAAGACUGCAAAGUGUUAUUUGUGCAUGCAGUGACCGGACCUGAGGAUUGGAUGCUUAGAAUAUUGUCUUCCUAUUGCCUUCAGUCGGAUAAAUUGUAUAUUUGGAACAUAUUAAUAAAACUACGAUGUAUCCUAAUUCCAUUCGACGAAGAAGAGGAAUGAAUGCGAGAAAAAACAAACAGCCUUGGAAAAUAUUCUAAUAAUCCCGUAUAUUAUAUAAUAUGCCUGGUUAUAUUGUAUAAUAUGCCUGUUUGUGAAGGUAAGAUGGCUAUAUGCUCACAGGUCGGAUCAUUAUUCCCGUUCCCUUUCAGCAUUUUAUCAUUUUGAGCUAAUUUGGACUUUUCUUUCUGGUGUCUUUCUUUCUGCUGGGGCGAAAUGAUGCUUAAGAAGCAUAAAUGAGGCGGUCACACAACUUCAUUGUGCCUCUUUGAUGACGCUCGGUGGCCCUUGUGUCUGUUCAAAGUGCUCUCAAAGUUUCUAGAAAGAGUGGAAUUCCCUACUGACGCAAAAUAGUCAUAUGCGGUUAGAUCAGCUGAUCUGCAGAACAUAAUGGGUUAUUCUCACCUGUUUAUAGCUGCCAGAAAGCACAGAAUCGUACAUGUGUGCCAUCGUUUUAUUCACGUAUAUGCAGCUUUAUAUAAAGCAAUGUGCAUCUGCAUGAAUUAUUUCCCUAAAAUGUCAAUGAGGAUUGUUUGAUGGUUUAGGAGUUUUCGCUCCGCCCCCUGUGUUUGUCGUAAACCUGGCUCCUGGCUCCAAUAAACCCGGGCUAAGAGCGCCCUGGGCUCGCCUCCUUCUCCAAGGCGAUCAAUAGGAUCUCAGGCGCUCUACAAGCACUCUCUUACGUAGACAUCCACUAAGGAGGGAGCCGAUACAACAACACGGUUGAUCUGCUCGAACACAAAAAUCUACCUGCUUUCUGAAUCAUGUCGUUGAGCCCAAAGCACACUACGCCUUUUUCAGUGACAGAUAUUUUGAGUCCAAUCGAGGAGACCUACAAGAAGUUUAGUGCCAUGGACGGCGCAGGGAACCUAACCUCUCCACUGGGAGCCUACCGACAGCCUCAGGUGCAGACCGGCAUGCAGCAGCACUCCAUGGGCCAUAACGCCGUGGCCACCACGUACCACAUGCCGCACGCCGUCUCCCAGUUCUCCCACAGCGCGAUGGGGGGAUACUGCAAUGGAAGCAUUGGCAACAUGGGAGACCUCCCGUCGUACCAGGAAAGCAUGCGGAAUAGUGCGGCAACAGGGUGGUACAGCUCCAACCCUGAUCCGAGAUACUCCACAAUUUCUAGAUUCAUGGGACCUUCCACAGGUAUGAACAUGAGCGGCAUGGGGGGUCUCUCGGGGAUGGCUGACGCGACCAAAUCCAUGCCAGUUCUCCACGCUGCGCCCAGACGGAAACGGCGCGUCCUGUUCUCGCAGGCUCAGGUCUACGAGCUGGAGAGGAGGUUCAAGCAGCAGAAAUACCUGUCGGCGCCCGAGAGGGAGCACCUGGCCAGCAUGAUCCACCUGACGCCGACCCAGGUGAAGAUCUGGUUUCAGAACCACCGGUACAAGAUGAAGCGACAGGCCAAGGACAAGGCGACGCAGCAGCUGCAGCAGCAGCAGCAGCAGCAACAGGACGGUAACCUGUGCCAACAGCAGGCGCAGUCCCCGAGGCGCGUAGCCGUGCCGGUGCUGGUGAAGGACGGUAAACCGUGUCAGAACGGCUCCAACACGCCGACGCCGAACCAGCAACAGGUACAACAGAGCCAGCAACAAAGCCAGCAGCAGAACGGGGCCGGAGUUGUGCUCGCUUCCCCGACCAGCAGCCUCGGCCAGCAUCAAAGCCAGCAGCAGGUGAACGCUUUGGAGCUGGAGGAGAUGUCUCCCAGCCCCCCCUCGCUGCACAGCCAGCUCAACAUGGCCCAGAUAGACACAUCUGCUGUAGAUUACACCAGUAACAUGGUGAGCUCAAACCUCCUCUACGGCAGAACGUGGUAGGACUUAAAACAGUACUGUCACUUUCCACUUUUUCUAUGUGAACCUGCGGAUGAGCCCAUGCAAGAACUAUAUUCAUAUGUGUGUGCGUGUGUAUAUAUAUAUAUAUAUAUAUAUAUAU